AUGAUUGAAAAGUUCACUAAGAACAGAUCUAACCAGCGCACAUUUGUCUACUCAGGUGUAGUAAUAUGGCUAAUUGCCAUCAAUAUUUGGCUAUUUUACACCUACCAUUCGCGCAACAAUGAUCUGCAUUACUUGUCCAAAUCCUCAAUUUACGACCAAUACGACCCAGCAAACAUUCAACCCCCACAGCAGUUGCUAGAGAAACCGUCGUCAGCGAAAACUUUCAAAGAUGACAUCACCAUCAAACUAUUACAAAAGCAACAACUGAAGGAGAAAGAUGUACGUAAAAUCGACGCUCACGCUUCCAUCUACAACAAGAUUUUCGCCAACCAUGAGAUUGACUCCAUCUUUGGGAACUUGAAUUUCCAACAACGGUGUGAUUUGUUUUUCCAAAACUUGUUUAUUGAUGACAAGAAUUGGAUUUUCAGAGUUAAUGAAAAGAUUGAAUUGGAAAAUAAACUUGAAUUUAAAUUUAAUGAUUGGAGAAACAACCAUUUGGAAGAAUACAAAAAGAAUUUCGCUGAGAAGCACAACAAGAACAAAGAUGAGGUGGAAAAGACCCCUGAAUUCGAAACUUUUAUAAGAAAAGGUUAUGAAGAUUUUUGGAAUCGAACCAUGACUUAUGAACAAAAGAUAGUUGAUCACGUGUCGAUAUUGAGGAUUUUCAACAAGUGUUAUCUUACAAGUGAUAAUACCACGCAAAUCAAACGUACUCAAGAGUUUGUCAAUAAGCAACAUAAAUUAAUCCACGGCAUCAAUGUUGCUUCCAAAAGUGGCAAGGGUGUGCCAUCAUUUUCUUACACCAAACAAGAAAACCUCAUCAAUUUCAAAUCAAUUAAACAUAGUGCAUUUGAACAUCGUGUGUACCCAUGGUUAUCAUUUGAAUACCCAAUUUAUGAACGGUUCACGGGGGAAGUGUUUUACAAACCACCACAAAUGUCGAAAUAUGUCAAUGAUGAGUCACAAAAGACAUCGAAAUCGUACAAGGAUUCCGAACAGAUGGAUUUCUUUUUGAACAGGUUCAAGAACAAAUGUAAUGGGAAGGGGAUCGUCCUAUCUAUUGGAGAUAGCCAUGUUGAUGAUACUGUUCGAUUGAUCCAUUUACUUCGAGCAUUGAACAACAAAUUACCUAUUCAAAUUGUCUACUAUGAUGAUUUACUGGAAGAUACCAAAAAGAAGAUUGUCACUGCUGGACGUGAAGUUAUUGCCACCUUACCCAAAUCAUUUGACAAAGUAGCUCAAUAUUUCCCUGACGAUUACUUGCACAAUGAAAAAGGUUUACCUGAACAGGAGAUUUGGUUCGUCAACACAUACAAUGUCAUCCACAGUGAUUACAAGGACAAGUUUAAGAAAUUCGCCAACAAGUUCCUUGCCACGUUUUUCAAUUCGUUUGAAGAGAUUAUGUUGAUUGAUGCCGAUACGGUUAUGAUGCAGACUCCAGAGUAUUUCUUCAACUUGAUGGGAUAUAAGGAAUCAGGCACGUAUUUCUACAAGGAUAGAACCACAUUUGAAACGAGACCCAUGUCCGAUGCGGUAUUUUUCAAGAAAUUGGGCCCAUCCAUCAUCGACUCCGUCAUGUUUGAUAUCCCAAUCAUGACCAAGUACACUCUUGAUACUGACUUCUUUAAGGGGCUAUUCCACUAUCAAGAAUCCGGUUUGGUUAUGCUCAAUCGUAAGAUCCAUUUCAAUGCAUUGUUGAUGAUGUUUCAACUAAACUUUUACGAACCAGUGACGAAGCGGAGUCAUGGAGAUAAGGAGUUGUUUUGGUUAGCCAUGGCCAUUUCCGGAGAAGAAAACUAUGUAUUUGACGACAAUUAUGCUGCAGCAAUUGGAGUCAAGACACCACCGAUGGACAGACCCAAGCCCGAUGGCUCAACACCCCAUGAAUCAAUUGAGUUGUGUUCGCCUCAUCCGGGACAUGUUUCUAGUGAAGAUAAUGCCCUUGUGUGGAUCAAUUCUGGGUUUUUAUAUUGUUCCAAAUCACCCGGGUUAGAUUUCGAAAAGGAGGCUGAACACAAGGAUAGGUUGAAGCAUUUACAUUCAGCGGAUGAGUUUAGGGCGUUUUAUACUAGCCCCUUGCCUAUCCAGUCGGCGAUCAUUCCUCCUAUGGAUUUGCACAAUUGGGCCAUCAAUAAUGACGAUGAGCCUAGUCGUGGGUGGUUUAUGGAUAGUCGAUAUUGUUUGGGGUAUAUGUGGUGUGCAUACUCGUCCAUCGGUGGUAAUACUAAAUCGGGAGAGAAUAAUAAGCGUGUUGGAAGAGUUAUUGACUUUAGUGUACGAGAACAGGAAAUGUUUCAGUAUUAUGGAGAUAUUUGGGUAGGACUAGAAUAG